AUGCACGCUCGUGGCGGUUCGCAAUGGAAAAGUCGCCGAAAAGCAUCGCUCGGCCCGUUGCGGCGGGCCCACCCGGCGUCAGGGGCCACCUGGAACGUGCAGGUGGUGCGGGGCAAGAUGACUUCCCGCUGCCUCUGGCACGCUUGCCGCGCCCUCGUCCUGGGCAUGGUGCUGAUGUUCGUUGGCGGUGGCAUGGCCACGGUUGGGUACUAUGCAAACAACUUUCCCUCCCUGUCCGACCUCCGGAGCAACAGCAGCACGUCGACCAUACGCGUGAAAAAUGAGCAACGGGGAUUACAUCUCAACAACCUCUCGUACGUCGGACCAAUCAUCAUGGGGGUCGGCGGGUUCAUCGUAGUGGCCUCGUGUGUGAUGACGUUUGAAGCGCGCGACUCAGCGGCGAAGGUGGUGCCGGCCCGGUUCAAGCUGAGUGGCCACGGGACGGCCCGGAGCUCCAGCCGUCAGAAUACUUCCCGACGUUCCACAGGCAUCUCGAACGGACCGUCGGGCGCCGUUGGGUCGCAGACCGCCCGCUGGGAGCAACAUCUGGGAGUGUUCCGAACUUCGCCGGCGACGGAGCAAGUUCCGGACCGCAAAGCACUCACCGCAGCGCUGGUUCACUUCUCGAAAGCCUUAGGCACACCGAAGUCUUCGCCCCACCAGCGACGGCCUAGCAAAGACCAGAGCCGCCGGGUGUCGCGAAGUGGUUCGGUGCCCAAUUUGUACGCCGAAAAGUUAAGCGUCCCAUCGGCGUUGGCAACCGGUUCGCCCGCCACCAACCGCAUCCGGUCGGAAGUGUCCGGCCACCGGCAUCACCGGGGUUCGCGGGUCAGCAGCAUGGUCCACCGCUCGACGAGGGAAGCGGGUAGCGGCGGUUUGCUGCACCCCGGAAUGCUCCAGUUUCACCGGCACGCGUUGUCCGUGGAAGAACCCGAUCCGUUCGGAAGAACACUCAAUCAGGCCGGUUCCCACGGUUCGGUGCAGUGCGGGUACGGAGGGGGCGAAAUCGUGCCGGUGCAUAAGCUACGCGACCGCAACAAGCGGUCUGAUACGGCCCGUCGACACAUCCUGUCCCGCCAGACCAAGAUCGAGAAGGAGGAAUCGGUCGGAAGCCCGAAGCAGGCGGGCCACAUCAGCCGGCGGGCGUCGACCGUCUCCGAUGUGUCGGUCAACUCGAAGCUCAACCGAAGCAGCAGACGUGCCUCAACCAUCUCCAAGACGCCGAGCGUCGACUCGCGCGGUGCGCCCUCGACGAUGGAGAUCAACAGCCCGGACCGGUCGAUGCUGGCGUUAACGCCCCGCAAAGGAACGACGGCCGCCGGGCCCGUUUCGACACCGUCGGUCGAGCGAGAGUGUCGGAGUCAGCUCUCCAUCUGCUCGGAACCGGCGAUCACUCAACGCAAUCUGUCCUGUCAAUCGAGCUUAGAGCCGUGCGUGCCGGAAGAGGAGGACAGCCCGGUGCACGACGAGGAGUGCCCCCGGUCCGUCGUGAACCAGCCACUGCGGCCCGAUACGCUCGUCCUUCCGCCCGUUUCGAGCCCCCAGGAAGCUCCGGUCGAUCCGCCGGCACCAGCCCAGCAGCAGCAGCAGCCCCAGAACCGCUUCCUGUACCGGAGCAACUCCACCAAGAGUUUCCGCAAACCGAAACCGAAGGUGGCGAGCAAGAAGCUGAGCAACGAGUACGACCAAAUAUACGUCAUCAGUGCCAAGACGACGGGAACGUUCGGAGCCGGGGGCACCGGAAGCGCGCAUCGGUAUCCCAACUUUCACCACGGUAUCUCCCGCGACAACGACGAUGACCAUUACGAUUCGAUCGAGGUGAUCCACGAGCGGCGCAGCAAAAACUUUAGCAAAUUCACCACGGCCAGCACCCCGACCGGGGACGCUGGUCCGGCCGGAGAACGGUCCGAGUCGGCGGAUGCAGCACCUUCCAUGGCGGCCGCCAACACCACCGACGACGACGCCGAAUACCGGAAGGUGCCGGGAUCGAACACGAUUAGCGUGGUCGCGGAUAUAUCGCCCGCGCCCGCCCAGGAACCGGAUAUCGGGGGUGAACCGGAGGAGCAUGCGGAACGCGACUGCCGAAAGCCCAUGGUGGUGGUGACGAAAUGA